AUGGCACCAGUUCCUAUGGACUUCGUCAAUAUCCCUAAUGGUGUUUCCAAAGCCCCAGACGCCUCCAUCGCGGAGCUUGGGAUGCAGUCCCCAACUCUGGAGCCUAUGCAAAGUCUCCAGCCACCCAAGCUGAGCGUGAACCGGGAGCUGUCGAAGCUCACCCUGCCUACGAGACCAGGCUUCGGCCGCUCAUCGAGUGUUGCGUUUGAAGGUCGCGGAACCGUUCACGUCUUUUUGAAAACACUCGAGAACGAACGCUUGAAGCACAUGCCACACGAUGGAUCUAGUUGGGACAGAAUCCUCAAGUGGGCGGAUAAUAUUGGUGGAGUCGUCUUGCUCAGCCUUGGUGUCUUGAGCGAGUUCAUGCUCAAUAGCGAAGAUGCUACUCGUCUCAUCUGUGACAGCUGCACGUCUCUUAUCCAGUUGGGCACUGGACACACGAAGAUACUCCUCAAAGUCUUCAGCCAGUUUCAUAAGAUUGCCGUCUCACUAUCUGUGUUUAUUCGCCAGAACCAUCUGAUCAAGUCAAAUCCCGACGUACGACGCGAAUUGGCACACGCCUUUCAAGAUUUCGCCCACUUGACACGCGACGUCAGAAUCUUCUGCUACACUCGGAGCCGAGGUGUAGGACUUGUCAGCUCUACUGAACUCGAUCUCUUCAUCGCAUUCGAAUCCGCAGCGUUUUAUCGGCCUCUGGAGUCCGUCUCCAUAUCCUCUUGGACUUCAAGCAAGCAAUGCUCCCACUUCGAUGUUCGCGAGAUCCGCAACUUCUUGUCACCGCAAGAUAGCGUUGUAAAGAAAAUUCUAUCGAAUCAGCUUUACUCCGAAUCACGACGUGCCGAAUUCACGUGCGAAUGGUUCGCAAGUCCAUUGAGACAGUUCAUGAGAAAUGGUAAGAAGGUUUUGCUCGUUUCGGGUCCAGCAUGCUCAGGCAAGACGGUACUUGCCCGCUAUAUUCACGAGAAGCUUCAAACUGAUAAUGUCGACAAUGAUCCGUUUGACGUCAUCACAUUCUCUGUUGAUACCAACGUCAAUUAUACUACAAGCUCGCUGAACAUGAUCAAGACUUUGCUCUUGCAGCUUCUAGACCGAAAAGUUGGCUGCCAUAGCCUUCUUUCACACAUCAAAGAAGCAAUGGAACAUGCACAAGGCGGCUGCUCAUCCAAUGAAGUCGAAGCUGCGCUCUGGAAGGCGUUUGAAGUUUCCCUAGAUGAGCGAAAAGUCCUUGUCCUCAUCGAUGGCUUGGAUCAACUGAUCGGAUCAAGGAUUGGCAACCCGCCAGCUCUGGAGAAGCUCGAUGCUAUCACUCGAACCAAGCAGAAUGUGAAAGCUAUUCUGCUCAGUCGACCUAUAGGCGAUGCUGCUCUGAAACAUUGCCAGGAGCACAUUGCUUUGGAUACUGUUGAGGAAGCCCUGAGUGACAUUAAGCAUUUCAUCGAGGACUUCCUUUACCACCACUCGGAACUUUACCACCUCAAGGACUCUGAGCGGCAUGACAUCGUCCAGAAGUAUGCCUCAGCUGCGAAUGGCUCUUUCCUUUUGGCGGGAUUGCAGCUUCAGUAUGCGAAGGGCAAGGAUUUCGAUUGA